AUGCGCUGGGCCCACUUAAAUACAUUGGAGGCGUCGGGAGCGAAGUUCCAAGUUUUAAAGACGGGAAAAGUAGCCGUUGUGUUCGACUUUGAAUGUUACCGUUGUGGGAUAUAGCGCUUUUUGAGAGGCAAAUCUCUUUUGACUCGCGUAACAAUAUCCUACAUAAAAUGUACGAAGUUAGAGAGAGAGAGAGAGAGAGAGAGAGAAAGAUGAAUCCAUGACAAGAUAUAGAAAGGCGAAAAUCUAUGUUACAGAGGUGUAGAAGUUAGAGAGAGAAAGGUGAAUCCAUGGGGAGAAGAUAGAGAGACAGUGUGUUAGAGAAAGGAAGAGAGGUCUGCAACAUAUCCCUUGUAGGAAUCAAGAAAAUGGUGGCUAAGACUCCUCCAUCCAAGGAAUCUCACCGCCCAAUGGACCAAAUGUCAGCAUUCAACCCAAUUCUUGUGAGAGAAACAGUGAGAAAGGUGGAUAAAGUGAUGGCUCGGCUUCAAGAGCUACAAUACACAGUGACAGGAGGAACAAAGGUGAUAGGAGGGGUUAAUCUCAGCCCUCGCAGCACAAGAGGCUACAUAAGAACCAGCCUCAGAUGCAAGCAAGAAUCGAUCAGGAUCCGUAACACAGCUCUCAGGAAAGCUCCAUGUGCCGAGAUUGAAAGGAACAGCACUGGUGAAUGGAGGAGAAUGUCCCUUCCGGCCAUGUUGGUCGGAGAAACAGUUGGAGAAAUUUUGCAGGCAAGCAAAUUCGCAAAACAAUUGGUUGAUGCCACUCGGGUUCUCUCUAACUCGAAUGAUCCUAAAACUCCAGUGGGCACAAAAACAAAGCCUAAUAAUAAAACCAGAAUCGAAUUGCACACGAGAAGGAAGAAAGAGAAACAAGAGAGAGGAAAACCAGAAGUCCGAGGAUCCCCACCUCUCAGAAGGGCGCGAUCACGCAUCAAUUUCAAGGUUUCAGCUGCUAGUGAGAGACUGAUGGCCUCUAGUGAGAGAGCAGAGGCGUCUAGUGAGAGAAAAGCGGGAGAGAAGAAGGACAAUCAGCAACAGCAUGCGGCCCUUCGAGUUUCGCCAAAACACAAGCCAUGGGCUAGGAAGGCGGUUCUCUUUCCAAACCCACUUUUUCUCUCUUCUCCCUCUUCUCAGAAACCCAAAUUCAUUGGAAAAACCAGAUCGCCAAUUAUAGCUAGAACUUCUUUUGCUUCUCCUUCACAAACGCCCAAGUUCACAGGGAAAACCAGGUCCCCUCCAUUUUCACAAAAACCCAAACUCAUGGGGAAAACCAGGUCCCCUCAUAAAACCAGGUCUCCCCCUCAUAUAUUCGCAAUAAAAUCACCUGAUCCUCCACCUUCAAUGAAAUUUUCAGUGAAGAUCAAGAGCCCACCAUUGAAUAUAGCUAAGAAACCAGGUCAUUCUUCUUUGAAGUCUCCACCUAGUCGAAUGAAUAGAGCAUCGAGGGUUUAUCGGUCGAUUUCUCCAUCAAAUUUGGCCAAAAGAUUGGGUUCGCCAUUGAAGAAAAGAUUGGGUUCGCCAUUGAAGAGUGCUAAACAAAUGCUGGUUGGUAGUCGUAGUUUGAGACAGGGGAGCUCUGUUUCUGAACUGUUAAUGAGAAGAUUUAGUGGAUCAUUCUCAGGUAUUCAAGUGGGUUCUUGAAGAAGCUUUGGUCGUUGAGAACUUGAGAUUGUAACUCUCUCUCUCUCACUCUCAGUAUAUGAUGUUUGCAGAUCAAUAAUUUAUCACUACUUGUGACAUGGAUGGUUUGUGUAAUAUAAGAAGCAUACAUUUAUUAAUAUUGUUACGAUUCUUAAUAAUGCAUUCAGGGCUAUUUAGUGAUAUUCAAGUGAGUUCACAAAGCCUGUU